AUGAGCGGCUGGGAAAACUUAUUUAAAACCGCUGCUGUUGACUAUAAAAAUGGAAACCUUAGAGAUUCGUAUAGUAAUUACUUAAAAGUAGCUACUGCGCUGCUCUACAAGUUUAAUAAUGAGGUUGCUUUUGCCAGUAGAGAGGCGGUAAAAACCAAGCCAGACAAUAGCGCCAGAUUAUUUCAACACCUCAAAAUUUGUGUGCAGAGACUUGAAGAUAUCCUUCAAAAUAAAGCGAUAAAUGGAGUGUCUCCAACUCCGCAACAUUCGACUAUUUCAGAUAACGCCGCUUUAAUUCUUUCAAACUCGCACUCGGUGCAUCUACCGCUCGUUCCUUUCUCUCCACUUACUAGGAAUUCUAUUCAACACGCCCAUCAAUUGACUAUUUCAAGUCACCGAUUAUCUGUUGCCGAGCAAAAACUCUCAGAAAACAAUAAAGAUGUAGAGAAUGCUCUUAAGAAAUUAAGGGAUGGUGUCCACCAACAGAAAACUAAACUUGAUCAAGUCAAUGGUCAGAUUCAAUCAAUUGCCGAAGUUACUUUGCUUCAUUGGGAUGCCGAAGCAGUUGCGCAACAGUUAACCAUAAUUGACUUUUCAUUAUUUAAUAAAGUAGAUUUCAAAAAAGAUUUUUCAGCAAAAGACAAAAAGAAUUCCAAAGUGCAGGCUUGCAUGGACUUCCACCGAUAUUUAACUAAUAGUUUUGCUCAUCAAUUUAUUUAUGCAGAUAUGGCCCGGACGGCCGCAAACUCUUCACGUGGAGCUCAGCACCCACGAGAAAGUAUUAUUCCUCAUGCUAUCAAAGUGGCAAUUUAUUUAUUAAAAGUUCAUCGUAAUUUUAAUAGCUUUGCUGCUUUGGUGAAAGCACUUACUUCUCCUGAAGUACGCAGGAUAAGACGUUUAUGGUCUAAUCUUCCUGCUCGUGUGAAUACAUUACUUAAAGAUUUAUCAUUACACGUGAAGAAAGAUAAUGAUUACAAAGCUUAUAGAGAUAUUCUCGCCCAAAAAUUGGAAUCUUUUCGUGGAGUUGGUCAGGGAACGGUCGUCAUUCCUUGGAUGCAACCUCAUUAUGAAGAAAUAAAGAGUAUAAAUCAAUCCUAUACAAGUGGGAAGUCAGGAGAUUCAUCUGACUUCAUCCUAUCGGCACCUGGGCAACGAAAAUUAACAUCUAUAUUCGCUCUUCUUGAGCAAUGUAAAACCAACACAGUAGCACAUGACGAUGAAGAAUGGAAUGAAGUGCGAAAAGCUGUAACAAUAUCACAACGUCAUAGAGAUACAACUACAGUUGAAGGUGUAACAGUCACAUUACCUACGGACCUUUCACGUUUAGGUUGUGGUGAUUUAGAGUUGCAUCAUUGGCUUGUAUCUAGAGUCUAUUUAACCAAGCAACAAUUAAUUGAUGAGAGUAUUGAGAUUGAACCUUUAUGCGAGAAUGAACAACUUCCUUGUGAAGAAAAUGAUUAUGAAGAGGAGGAGGAAGAAGACGAUGGUGAUCAUGGCAGUGUGGGUCAAUUUGAUAUUGGAAGUGACGAUGGUGACAAUAUUGAAAUCGGUUCCUCAUCUAAGCAUGCCUUUGCAAAUAGUUCAACACCAUCUCUUAUCAAAGUUUCUCAGGAUAAUUCAGGAGAACAAAACAAUGAAGCAUUAGAAUCCUUGAAUAAGCCAUCUUCUUCUAAGGAAAUGAUUUAUGCUUCUAAAAAUGAACAAACUACUGGUAACAGCAUGUCCACAUCUGUUACACAUGAAAUUCCUAAAACCGUUGAAAAUGGCAAACCUGUUGGGAAAUCUUUAGAAGAAACUCCAUACAACUUAGAGCCAGUAAAGAAUGAACCUGUCACUGGUUUAUCAAAUGGUAAAAUUGAGGGAUCAUCAACCGCAUUCAGUUCUAAAACUGAUGCAAUUCCUAUUCCUCAAGUACCAAAGGAAAUUCAGCCUAUUUUAUCACCAAAAAAUCUAAACCCGAAUGCACGUGAAUUUAUUCCUAAAAGCUUAAAUUCUAGUUUAUUAGGAGAUAAGAAUGUCUCGCCGAAACAAUUAGAAGGGAUGAAUAAAAACCAUAAUUCUGGAAACGAUGAUAAUGAAAAUAAAUUAGAUGACGAUAAAGAAAGUAAAUCAGACGAAGAAUUUAACUAUGAACCUGAUUCGCCCAAUAGCGUUAAAGAUAGUAAAGAGAAUGAAGAAGAUCAAGACGAUUUUUUAGAUUUUCAAAAUGAAUUUAUUUAUCCCGAAUAUAGUUCUAGUGAUAAGAAGAAAGACAAUGUUGCAAAGAACGGUAUUGGUAACGUUAUUACUACUAAAGCCGUAAACACAGAAAAUGGUGGUGUUCCGGAAGUUAUUACGAUCAAGUUUCAUAACAAUGUUGUGAACAAAGAUGCUUAA